UACAAACUGACACAAAUCCCCACCAUCAAUUUUCCAAAAUAUAAGCAACGUCCCAAGAACAGAACUGUGUGUUCCAGGCUCUGGUUUUAUUGGUCAUAUGUAUGUAAGCUGAUCAGCACAUUUUACAAGUAAUGAAUAUUUACAAGCAUGAUAUACUAGUGUAACAAUGACACAUUCUCUUUUAAAAGAAAAAAGAAAAAGAAAAAGAAAAAGAAAAACGAGAUGACUUGUUUUGUUCACUACACUUUGAGCAUGAUAUACUAGUGUAACAAUGACACAUUCUCUUUUAUAAAGAACAUUGUUUGGCUCCUUAAGAAUUCAUUCUUUCCCUAAUCCAUGGUCUAGAAACAACAAAACAAACUCUUCUUCUUGGUGAGAUGACUCUCCUCAGUAUUUUUCACAGCUUGGUUCUGGAAUUCAUCAGAUAAAGGAGAGUUGCAGAGAGAGAGUGCUAUGGCUCAAGAAAUUGAACAUUAUCUAAUGGAACAAUUCGAGAAUGGUCUUGACGGGAAUGACAAAAUUAUCUCCAAGAUUCCCAGGUACAGCCAAUUUCAAGCAAUAAAAACAGUGCUUAAAGAAAUUUUCAGGUCAUCCUCCUCGCUUGUAGAUCAACCACUCAGGGACAAGCUAUACAACCUCAACAAUGCUUUGACUGAGUGCCAGAUUCUAUCAAGGAAACGCGGUUUCUACUCUCCUGAGGAGCUACUGACCAUCAACAGAAUCAGAAUGGAGUUAAAACAGAUCAAAAAGGAACUCAAGACUAUCCUAGGAAACAGUUAUAGAGGAUCGAAUCAGAACAUUGAUGAACAAAUUGUAAGUAUUAGCUCAAAGGACAUGGAGCCUUUCAGGUGGUCAACUCGUUCAGUGGAUGCAUCCAAGGUGUAUGGAUUUGACGAUGAUGUGUUGUCAAUGGAAAAGUUGCUUGUCCAACAAGAAAGUCGAGAUCGAUUCAAGGCAAUAGGCUUUGUUGGUAGGGAAGGGAUAGGAAAAACAACACUUUGCCAAUUGGUAUUCAACAAACCAGAGGUGAAAAACAACUUCCUUCCAAGGAUCUGGGUGUGCAUGGCCAGAGACCCGGAUGGCCACGAAGGUGAAGAUCUGAAAGUAGCAAUUGUCAAAAGAAUGUUGGUGUACCUUGGAGUUGGAAAGGAGACGGUGAAGUCCAUUUUCGAUGAGAAGCAUGGCCUCGAAGGACUGCUGUGUGCUCUCUACCAGCAAUUGGUGGGCAAGAGGUAUCUGAUUGUGCUUGAUGAUGCUAGGGAGACCGAUUCAUGGUACGGACAGUUGGAUUCUUGUUUGAGCCGUGAUAAGAAAUGGGAUGAUGGGUUUGCAUUUGGAUUUCCAAAAGGCCAUGGGGGAAGAGUCAUAGCUACAAGCAGGAAUGAAGAAGUAGCAAAGAUGAUGGUUGGGGAGAAAAAUAUACACCACCUUUUGCCACUUUCAGAUCCCGACAUCUGCUGGGCAAUUUUCAAGGACACGGUUGAGGAUGAUCGGGCUCUAUUGAAUGCCUCAAACUUGGAUGAUCUGAAGUUGGAAAUCAAACUAAAAUGCGGUGGCCUUCCAUUAGCAGCAAAAAUGAUGGGACAGGCAAUGCGGACGGACUGACGGAUUAAUUUAUCCGAAUUUGUAUUUGAUCUUCAUUAGUUUGUUUUAAUUGCACUGGUCUUCUUACUUGAGUUUGGUGAUGUUUUUAUGGUUAUCUCCAUUUGGUUGCAAAAUACAAUAUGAUUGUUGUAACACUCUAAAUUAUUUUUUCAGCCAAUUUAGCUCUUAAAGUAAAUUUGUGAAGACCUGUUUUUUUUUUUAAUUUAUAAAUAUAUAUAUUA